AUGGAGAAGGCCUAUGAGACAACAUGGGGCUUUGGCAUACUAAGCGACCUGUCAAAUUUAGGUACAGGCCAGAUGACAACCUUUUCGGUGGCCUUGAUAAUGACAACCACCGCUCUCGGUGCCGGACUCCUGCAUUUCCCUGCAGCCUACAAUAUCGCGGGAGGCAUCAUCAUGGCCACAGUCUUGCAGCUGAUCCUGGUGGUUUCCAUCGGAGGAACUAUUCUGACGUUGGCGUUUUGUGCCGAUGUCAAAAAGGACCGCACUUACCAAGGCAUCCUGCUGUCCAUGUGUGGGAAGAAAUGGCGCUACGCGUCGGCAGUAUCCGUCUUGCUCACCUGCUACGGCGUCUGCGUCACCUACCUGAUAGUCAUUGGUGAUCAAUACGACCGCAUAUUCGCUUCGCUUCAUGGACCAGACUUCUGCCACACGUGGUACAUGGCCCGCGAGUUCACCAUCACCCUCACUGCUGCCGCCAUCGUGCUGCCGCUCAACAUGCUCCAGCACAUUGAGUUCCUCAAGUACGCCAGCAGCCUGGGCUUAGCGGCCGUGAUCUAUCCCUGCGUCCUGACGUGCAUCGCGUACUUCACAGAACGUCGUCCAGACAACCUGUACAUCAAGGUGUGGCCCACAAACGUACGCGACGUUUUUCUCAGCACUCCCGUGUUUUGCUUCGCCUAUCAGAAAAAUGACGAAAGUGGUUGGGACACUUUUCAGAGUUACGAAGUGGUGAUUUCAGCCUACGCCGCCAUGCGCCAGCGCUCACUGUGGAACAUGGCUCGAGCGAUCGCAAUCUGCACGGCCGUGCUCUUCGUCAUCUACUCCACGGUUGGCUGCUUCGGUUACCUGACCUACGGCGCAUCCGUGCGGCCUGAUAUCAUGGAGAUGUUUGACGCCACACAGGCUUGGGUGCUCGUCGGCUUGCUUGCGCUCAUCUUCAAGAUGGCUGUCACCUACCCGCUGCCGGCGAUUUGUGCUAGGGAUGCAAUCGAGGAGCUGUACCUGGAGCUGCGCGGAAGUCCACCAGAAAACCGGAAGGAAGUGCACGCUCGCAAGACGAAGCUCAGCCUCGCCUGGUUCGCCAGCACCGUGGGUCUAGCCAUAUUGCCCCUCGACAUUGGUGUGGCCAUCAAGUUCCUUGGAUGCCUGGCCGCGCUCAACAUAUUUGUGUUUCCCGGCAUGUGCCUGCUGGGCUACACCCAACUUAAAGGUGCCCCGACCACCCAUCUGCAAUGGCAUAUGCUUGUCGGCUCCCUCAUGGUGUUUGCAGGGGCCGUCCUAUUCGUCGUGGUCCUGCUGCACAUCGUGCUCGUCGAACUCGUCUCCGGACAUGCCAACCACCUCUGCUCCUGACAGUGACCAAUCGACAUAUUUCUCCUCUGCUAUAUAUACUAUUACAGUUUAGUUGUGUGUAUUGAACUGAAUGUCCUCUUUUUCGAAGAUGCAAUAGUUUUCUUAAACUCUGUGCUGAAAUAAAAGAAAGUUCUACUGUGUCUGAUA